CCGAGCAGCAACAGAGACACGACUACCGAGGAACGAUCUUCGCGUUCGUCAUCAUCGUCAUCUCCAAAAAGUAUUGGGUGAACGAAAACGCAAAGUGAAACUUUUUCCCGUUCAAAUGGUGUUUUAAGUGCUUCCUCCGCGAAUAAUUCCUUCGGUUUAGUGCGCCAGUGGAUCAAAAUGCCGUGAUUAUCAACCUUCCAAAGCAUGGGAUGAUCGAUUUGAAUGGAAUAAUCGUAGUUUAAAAAGUGCGUGUCUCAUUUUUUCCCUUCAAGGUGUGGGGAGUGAAAAUCCCGUAAUAUUUGGUGUGAAACGGCUCCUUCCUCGGGCUCCGCAAGACCCGUUUACUGUCUUUGUGUGGGGUGGCAGUCAGCAAGUCGAUGUUGGGGAAUGUGUUCAGUGCAGUGAAAAUGUUGAAAACAAAACCGUACGAAUCAACAUACGUAUUUUUGAUUAGCUUUUUGUGCAAUUUGUGCAUUUGUAUCUAAGAACGAUGAAAUUCUCUGAGAAUCGAUAGAAUCUGUUUCAUAAGGAAAGCGCAGCUAGUAAAAAGAAAAUGUUUACCAAGAAGUCGAACAUCGAUCUGAAAAAGUCUACAGCCAAGAUCCAGGAUAGCAAAAAAGACUCCACGGCACGUUUGCGACAUCUAAAAACAAUACUUGAGCACGUCGACAGCGAAGAGGCAAAGAAUCUAUUCGAAGCAAACUACAGUCAUGUCUACUACAUUCUUUACGACACGUUCGUCCAAGCCGAAGCCAAUCUACGGCAGAGAGAACUAUCGUUCCACAUCGUGCACAAAACCCACCGGGAGGAAUUGGAUGGUUCUCUAUGGUUGCUGAGCAAAAUCCUGACCCUGCUACCGGAGUUGAUCGCUCGGCGUUGGCAGGUCCACUCGUUAGGUCGCAUCCUAGCCAAACUGCUCCACUAUGGCAACAGUGUCAAAUUGCGGCGUGAAGGCGUCCGCUAUUUCCUUCUGUGGUAUCAAGCGCUCGGUGACAAUGCUCCGCCCUUCGUUGAUGGAAUGUUCACCGAACUGGUCCCCGGGUUAACUGUUCCCCAAAAAGGCAGAACGGGACCAUUGUCCUCCGACUCGGAGUACAUCGCAACCACGGACAUUCUGAAUCAUCCGAACAUGAAGGGCGAACUUGGUGGAUCGGUGUUCCACGACACCGGUGCACAUCCCGUCAAGUCACCGGAGAUUCAACCGUUAAUCCCGCCCAGCUCCAGCGAACGAACGGCAGCACCAGAUCCUAGGGAUGGCUUAGAGAUCCUGUUGGAUUGCAUGGUACAGUCCAGUGGUUGUCUCAAAUGGCGAGACAACAACCCCCAGAAACACAUCCGAACCCUAAACUUCCUGCUGACGAAGUUCCGAGAACAUUAUCUUCCCGUAUUUUGUCCCAACUUCGACUACACCACAUCUAUCUACGAACCCAAACUGGACCUUCCGGCCAUGCGUAAUAUCUCUAAACGCGAAGAAGUGAUGAGCUCCUGCAUCGUUGUGCUAGUGAUCUGGAUUGCUAAAUAUACCCACGAGCGGCACAUCAGCACCAAAUUGGACAACAUCCAAAUCGACGAAGAAUCCGUUGGAGAAAGUGCGUCACUGUUGUCCAACCUGCGACACAUGGGAUACACUCAGACGCAGUUGGUCCGCGACGUUCUUUACUCCAGCAGGGAGACAAUCAACUUUGUUCACGAAAUAUACCGACAGGCUUUCCUGAUGUCGUUUACUUCCAAGAGCCAAAUCGAAGCAAUGCGAAUUGCGAUAUCGGUUUACAGGGACUGGAUGAGCACGAUUCCUCCACCAGCUUUCCUCUUGGAACCGGACACCAGCGAAGCAUCAUUGUCUGGCAGUUCUGUCGAUGUCCAGCAGCCCGGUACGCGACCAAACAGCCAACGACUUCGUACCGACUCUUACCUGGGGGCAAUAUCCAAAGAAAAUGUCAUCAUUCGAGCCGGUCUGCAGAACGUACUGCAGGUCUUCGUGACCAAUGCGGUCAAUGUGUUCAUGGUUAACACUGCGCAUUUGAACAUACACUUCCAAUCGAAGACCAACAGCGAUGGUUUUGCAACGCCACUGGACGAGCAGACGGAUAUCUGCAAACGUGUGUUAAAUAUCUACCGAACAAUGGUUAUGAAGACUAGAAUGGAGGCCAAGACAUGGGAGCAGCUUCUGCUCGUUUUGCUACAGGUAACUUCUGUGAUUUUGCAGAAUUCUCCACCGAACGCCAAAAAGAAUAACCUGGGAGGACGUCUCGCGCAACCAAUUUUCCAAACCCUCAUCGUCACCUGGAUUCGCGCUCACACCAACGUCGUCGUCAAUCCGGGCCUGUGGGACAAGUUUCUCAAAGUGUUGUCGUCUCUUACUCACCGUGAGGAACUGAUUGUGGAAUGGGACAAAACAAUGCAAACCCUCACGCGGGUCUUGGCCCGUCAGGUAUACAACAUAAAUCUGUCGGACCUACCACUGGAUCGUCUUGCCGAGCAGAAAGGAAAACGAAAACGUGGCACUCCUUCUAGCUGGACGCAAAAUUCGUCCACGACGAGCGAUAAACCGGAUAACAUAAUAGGGCAGUGCAUUAACAACGGGAAAACCUCUACCGAAGAGGUAGCAGGGGAUGACAAUCGGGUUCAUGGACAAGGCCACUCGGUUAGAUCGAUUCCUGGAACGCCUUCUCUGAACCGAAGCUAUAGCGAAGGCAGUUUGGCUCCCUUCCGGAAGUCUCGCGCCCGACGGAGAAUUCGUAACAAACAUCAGACGCAGAAUUCGCAACAGCAUGUAGCUGCGCUUCCUUUGAAUGUUGAACAUUCUUUGAAUCGGAUGCUGUCGAACGCAUCUGGCGCUAUGUUGAGCAUAAGUAAUGAGAACCUGGAUAUCUCCAGAUUUUCCCAAUGCGAUGACUCGCUGGUGAUGGGCGUACCAACACUACGGAGAGCACUUUCGCUGGAUUCGAUCCGUCCUACGUCGGGAAAAAAUCGAGGAAAUGUUGGAAACGACACGGACAGUUACCGAUGUGGUUCUAGAAGUCCAUCGCCAACUGCUUCCAGUGGAAUAGAAAGUGGUUCAAUCAAGGAUUCUCCAAUGCAAAUCGACGUACUGACGGCCGACAGUUCAAGUAUUGAUACACAGGAUGAAAAUAGUGCAGUGUCAGCCGACAGAAGAUCCAUUCUAGCUGGAGGGUCCGCUCGCGGUUGGCUUCCAGAUGUAGCCGCAGUAAUGUGGCGCAGAAUGCUGGGGGCGUUGGGUGACGUUAACAAGAUACUAAAUCCAAAACUUCACGCGCAAGUUUUUCAAUAUCUCGUCAGUAUGACCGAGAGCUUGAUUAAAAUUCGGAUGAAUCAAGGCAUAUCUCUUGACGGCCAACCAAUCCCCGUCCCAUUGAAUCUCGUUCCACCGAUCGCAUUAGUAGCUCCGUGGUGCUACGGGGCCUUAACCUUGGACGGACAGUACAGUCAAGGAAAACUGUAUGCAAUGCAGCUGUUAUGCACAAUCGUUAAAAGCGGAGCGUGUUUGGGAAAUUGUCAGUUUCCUUUGUUCUAUCAUGCCCUCCAUCAAGCGCUCUCCGGAGAGGAUCGCGCCAUGGCGUACACUGCCCUGCGAUAUCUUGGCGGACCCAGGUUCCUUAGUCUUCUUCUUCCCGGACAUACGCUAUUACUUCUAGACUUAGUGCACGCUUCUACAAUUGUCCUCACAUCUUCUGAAACAGGACUUCAUGCUCCAAGAGCACAAGUAGCAGGUCUACUUGGUUCACUUUUAUGCUUUCCGAAAACCUCUCUUCCCGGCCCGGUUCUCCAACCCUCUGAACCCAAUAUCGACCUCAUGGAGUGUCCAGAUCUUCAAGAGCACGUUCUGAACAUAGUUCUGCGGUGCGCCCGUCGAGAACCAACUGCAAAAGCACGCUCCAUAGCCAUUGCAUCCCUCGGUCAAUGGAUUCUUCAAAAUCUUACCAAUCCGUCCAACCAAAACUCUCAAUCAUCCAACACCGAGGGCACCUUCAAACAGCGGUUCCCACAACAUCAUUCCGGCACUUCCAACCAACCUCGGGAAGACAUUCCCGUAAACCCGCGCAUUCGGGAAGCCUUUCAGGUUAUCCUCCAAGCCCUACAGUUUAAGCACCGAACAAUCGCACGACUGGCAUCCGAAACUUUGAAACUCUGCGCUGAACAAGGUCACCGAAUCGAACGGAUAGAGCGCCUUCCUCAGCUGAUAAUCGACACCAUCUGCUUGUCGCUCGAAAUCCAGAACGUUCCUCAUCCCAAGGAAUCCGACAAAACCGUACUAACAUCUCUGCUGCUGACGCUCGGUGAAUUCUGUAUGUCUUUUUCCGUGCAAACCCUUCAGCGACCGAAGGCAGCCGAAACAGACGAACCACUCAUUCAGGUAGUGUUCAAGGUCCUGUACAAAAUUGCAAUGGGUAUACACAAUGGUGAACGGAUCAAACUGUUCACAACGGAUGAAGACUUUGAUAUGACCAUCACAGUGGACGACGUACGGGAACAGAACUCUUCGAAUGAGCCAACCUAUCAAACGUCCGAGUCCGUUGCCAGUUGCCAAUCCGCAAUUCGGCUCUGUGCUAAAACCGUGGCAAUGCAUUUAAUAACCAAUUUGGGACAUUUUCCUAUGGGAAUCGGAGCAACAAGAUUGAGCUCGUUGGUCGACGAGCAGGAUGAUCUGGCCGGUGGAAGUACAACCACGCUGCUGCGAGAGAACUCCGUCAUGAGCAAUCGAGAAUCUAUGGAUUUGGGAGCGUCCCAGGUGUUGGCAUCGCCCAACUUGCAGCUGUUGAUGUUGAGCUCUGAGUUGGUGGCAAGCUUUAUUGAGUUGCCUGCUCUGAAAUUGCCUGGCGGAGGUGCAACUGCCGGAUUGAUUACCGCAAACCGACAGGUCAGACUGUUGCUCCGUGAUUUGAAUGGAAAAGCCUGUUGGGAUGCUUCAAUAUUGUACAAAGAACCAAGUCCUGCAGGGGAAGACACCAGCAGGCUCAUAAAAGACAAUUCACCAGCUGCUGAAAAGCAGAUUUCUACAUUCCAACUACGGGGUAGCACUGGGUCAAUGCGAAUGUUCUCAGGUGUUGCUCCUUCAAUUGAUCCCAUGACAUCCACCGUGGGGCUGCCGAUGGCUCCACUUCGGCAUACGCUUCGACACCGACCUGUUCAUCAAUUACCCGUUGCCAAGGAUUUAGCACCUGAUCUUGACCAACUGGAUGAUCUUCUACAGUACAUCGGUUAUACAAGCCCCGAGUGUUUGGAUGCUAACGGAUCUCCUCUGAAUACUGCUGGACCGUCGCCUCUGGGACCUCCCUUGGAAGCUCAAACCAUUUCCAUCAUUCUUAACCAGCGUGCUCUUGAAACGGAGUACAUCGUCAGACAGAACGCCACCAUCGGGCUUCUUGGAGAAUCUCCUGCUUACUGCUUCGGAGGAUCCGUUGGGUAUACAUCUUUCAUCGAUGACAACGCUCCACCGGCGGCAAUCGGAUCCAGUGGAACACUGGCGGCAAAUAGGUUCAGCACAUCUCAGUCCGGAAGCGACCGGACGGCUUCAAUCAGCAGUAACUCCUGCCUUGAUACGAAACCAUUCCAGUUCGGACGAAUCCUGUUCAGCCAACUAGGCCUUGCCGGAUGGGAACGUCGAAAGCGAACUCAUCUGCUGCAACGAACAGACAAGCUGCUCCGCGAACUGCGCAAUCUUGAUAAUCAAAAGUGUAGGGAAACGCACAAAAUGGCCGUGAUCUACGUCGCCAAUGGACAGGAGGACAAGAACAGCAUUUUGCGAAACGCUUGCGGUAGUAGCACUUACGAGAUGUUUGUGUCCGCUCUGGGCUGGGAGGUGGAACUGGAGUCGCACAAUGGUUUCCUAGGAGGACUGCCUCGUCAGGGAUGUGGUCAGACGGCUCCGUAUUAUGCGACACCAUUCCUGGAAGUGAUUUUCCACGUAUCGACGCGGAUGCCUAUGGAUACUCCGGAAGCAAUUCUGAACAAAACGCGACACCUGGGGAAUGACGAGGUGCACAUUGUGUGGAGCGAACAUAAUCGGGACUACCGAAGAGACAUCCUACCGACGGAAUUCUGCGACGUAUUGAUCGUAAUUUAUCCGUUGAAGAGUGGCCUAUUUCGGGUGACGGUGAACAAGAAACCGGAUGUUCCGUGGUUUGGUCCGCUCUCCGAUGAAGCUGUGGUCGGUGGUUCCUGUUUAGCCAGUUUGGUCCGGGCAUCGGCCAUCAACGCCAGUCGUGCCAAGAGGACUUCCCUAUCGCUGUAUCAGCAGUAUUAUGAGGAGCGCAACCGUUCGCUGGAUACGGUGGCCAUGCGCCACAAGGAAAACAACACAUUCGAAGACUUUACCGCGCGAAUAUUUAGUCCGAUACCAUCGAAUGGCACGGUUACUGGCAGUGGCGGUUCGACAGGUGGAUCUGCCGCGCUGAAUGCUCCGCUGGCGGCGGCACUAAUCGAUCAUAGUCGAACGUCUUCGAAAACAUGGAUUCACCACCCGGAAAUGGUAGCGACAGCCCGCGAAGUGACCCAACAAACGGUAAUGGCUUCGAGCGGCACCUCGCUGGAUCAGCCUUCGCCCCGGCCCCUCCGCAAACUGCAUCACACGUUCAAACCAAGCGCUUCUUCCAAGCAACCGCCCAAGAUGUCGCCCGUAACAACGGUACCCACCGGUGGAACCGGGGGGCUUCCCCCCGCAAUGUCGCAUCACCACUAUCCCCCGAGCGCUGCCACCCCUCCGGACAGCCCCACCCUACCGGGUCGUACCAAGUUCAAAUGAGACUGGUGGUAGCUCCUGGCCAGUACCAGUAGCGAGGAAGACUUGUACCACAUAGAUGCGAAUCUGGAUCACCUGAAUCAGCGGCAACCGAGGUCACAGGCUUCGCUCCAUUCACAGCACCACCAGUACCAGCCGGUGCGGGGUGCCAUGGAGAAGGUUGGUAUUUCCGGUUGUUUCUGCGGCAAGUGAAAUCCGGUUAGCGGUAGCUUUAAAAUACACCCACACAAAUAGACUUAUACACUCACACGACACUCACAGAGUAAUCUAAUCAAAAAAUCUACUAUCGAAAACAAUUGUGAGAGAUGAUGGCGUCCAUUUAUUUUUUUUACAAUUAUUGACCCUACUUUAGUAACUUUAUAAAAACUUGUUUUUGCCUUGUUUAUGUUUGAUUUUAAAACUUUUUAAAGUUUCGUUGUAUUCUAUUUAAAUCUUUAUACAUUCUAAUUGGCAAGUUACAAAUAACAUUAUUUAAGUUAGUUGAUAGCUUUAACAAAAAUACAUUAUGGAUUAAAGGAAAUUCUAGCACACUCCAAAAACUACUUCAUUUGAAAAAGUAUUGUAGGCUAGAUCAUUAGGACAGACCUAUAAAUGGGCUGACAGAAAUCUUCUCUUUGCUUUAAAUAUUAUAAUAUUUAUAUUUAUUGCUCGAACGCAAAUGUUUUCCGUUCGUUCACGUCCCUCCCUAUCUCGAUCGUUAUUUAUUAAUAUAUAGAAUAGAGAAAAAUAAAACCCCUAUUAAACUGAAAGUAAUCGUUUUUAUAAUUGAUUCAAAGUAUUCAUAGAUAACUGCUGCUAAGGUAUACCGGGGAUGUGGGGUAAGUAGUACAGCAGGAUUGAAGAACAUUACUGAAAACUUGUCAUCAUUUUUGCCCAAUAACUUUCAAUUCUAUGCUACUCCUUCGUAUGCAGUUAAUAAAUAACGUUAAAAAGUCGAAUUUCACAUUGAAAAAACUCAUGCUUCCACAUGCAUCCGGUGUACCUUACAAAUAAUAUAUUAAACGCAAAAAAAAAACAGAAAAAUGUUGACACUAUUUAGUUUGAGCUGUUCUGAAACUAAUCGCAAACGUGGUGAAAGGUAAUUAUAUGACAGCUGUUAUUAAAGUGCCGCUAGUAGGUAUGGACAUUUAAAAUCGACGGAAAGGCUAAAACUGUAAACAAUUUUGAUAGGAAUCUUUAACGCAAGUUUGUGCUCGAUUGGAAGAACGUAGAAUUGGUAGACUUUUUUACGACAUCGUUUUAUCGAAUUCUUACCCGUUUAAUAAAAACACACUCAAACUUCAAGCAGCUAGAACUUUAAUCACGUUUCCCAUGCUACGGUGUUGAAAUAACGUUUGAUUAGUUUGAUUUCCGACUAAUUACGGUAUAAAAAUUGUUAACAUUUCACAGAGCGAUGGUGAAUCAAUACAGAAAAAAGUAACAGAAAUAAAGCAACAAUGAAUUCAGUACAGAAUUAAAAUAAA